AUGGUAAGUUCUUAAGAGCCUCACGUUAUGUGAGUAAUAUUUGUCAUGUUCUUCUUCUGUAUGCAAUAGGAUGUAAGGAUUUUUUCUUCAUGUAAAGCAAUUCUACUCCGACUAGGUGCUCCACUUCAGUCCAUGAGCAUGAUUAAACUCCAUGUCGCUACCGGAAUUAACUAUUCAUGUCGUAGAAAUAUUUCAUAAGGUUCUUUGGGAGUGGAUUUCUUUCUAAGGCGAUCAUUUCAUGCUCACAUUCUUAUUUUUCUUUCUUUUUCAACUCAGACAUUACGUCUGCCUUGUCAUUUUAUCACCAACCAGUGUUGUGUGAUCCUUUUUUUCUCUCUUCGUUUAUGCCGAUUCAAAAAUGUAAUGUACAUAUUUCUGUUUAUACUUGACUUUUGUCUGUUUCAAUGUUUAUUCUGUUCUUGUUCCUUAUUUUGUUGAAAAUUUCCUGUUCGCUUGUUUCAGAAUUACAUUGUCGGAGCUUUCAAGUCCCCAUGCGACAUUUCAAUUACAUUCUCCGAUGGUAAAACCCGAAAGAAGGUAUUCAAGUCUGUAUAUGUUGUGUUGAGAUGCCAUCUAUUAUGUCUGAUUUCAUUUCCACGUUCUCGUUAUAUGUCCACUUUGGUUUAAAAGAAGGUAAUGUUAAUUAGAUAAAUUUGGUGCAACGUAUGUUGUCAUUCAUUAGAACCCAACCGUGAAUUGGAGCCCAUUGUAUUUCAAGGAUAGUCCUUGAUGAAAGGAUCGAGAUACAUCAUCCUCACCCAUAACCCUGAAGUCUGUACUGGGCAUUAUCAAUUAGAUAAGUUUGGUUCAACGUAUAUUGUCAUUUAUAGAACCCAACCCUGAAUCGGAGCCCAUUGUAUUUCAAGGAUAGACCUCGAUGAAAUGAUUGAGAUAUAUCAUCCUCACCCAUAACCCUGAUUUAUUCUCCAAAGUUGACCGUCAUCUCCUGAAUAUGUUGAAUAUCAUUGAAUUUCACUUUGUCCGAGUCAAAAGCAUCUCCACCGCAUUCUACUGGUGUCUUGGACUCGUUCAGACCAACACUACUCUAGCUUUUAUGAGUGGAUCACUCAUUUGAAACCAAAACAUUCCCUUUGAGAGUCAUUGACCACAUGCAACUCGACUGAUCCCUGUCCAUACGAGGAUGUGAAUCUCGAAAUUGUAGCUUGCCAAUUGGGUUUGUUGUCAUACUCUGGUUUCUAUGCUACCUUUUUUGUUCUCCCUUUUCAUGGUUUCUGGUGCUGGAUAUUGACAUGGUGUUUAUUGAAGAAGAUAGAGAUGAAAGUAAAAGGUUAUCUUCUUUGUGACAUCUUCUAUCACAAUUGUGAAAUAUGGAGGAAAAUUUAGCUUAUUAGCCUUGCAUUAUUCAUCUUCCCCACAACAGAAAAAGUGUGUGAAAUGCAGUCUGCACAUUAUCAAUUGGACUGGCAGAGAUUCUUUUUCAUUGAUUUGUGGGAAGUAUCUUUUGUCUUAGUGCGAGGAGAGUUUAAAACUGGGUCCCAUUACACUAUUACUGUAGGAAAAGAUGGAAAAUAAAAGAAAAGGGCUGAAUUAGUCGUCUUUUUUUAAAAAGACGCAUUCUAUCUUAUUUUAUGCAUUGCACCUUUUUGUAUUUGUGAUCUGGAAUGUUAACUUUUGUGGUGAUCCUACAUUUGCCCAUCUGAAACCUUAAGUUGUUUUUUGAGUUUUCUGAUCUUGUGUUUUGAAGGUGUCUGUGAAGGACAAUGGUCAAACAAGAAUGGUGCCUUUAUUUCAAAGUCAAGAGAACAUUCGUGGUGAGGUACUAUGAUUAACAUAUUUUCUUGGCAGCAAUGUGGUUAGACCGAGCUCUCAAAUCCUGUUUGGGAGCAAUAUGUAAGGGCUUUUAUUCUUUUAUGACGCAGGUUUCAGUUGAGCCCCUACAGGGGAAGAAGUUUGAACACAUAGGAGUUAAAAUUGAGCUUCUUGGUCAAAUUGGUGAGAAAAUAAGUUUUCUGUUCUAUCAUACAUGGUACAUUCUCUCCCAGUGCAUGUCCUAUCCCUCUCUAUGGUGACCUUUUUUUUAUAAUAUAUUAAAGAAUUUAUAUCGAACUCGCUGAAGUUUGACUUCCCAAUACUGGCUGUUCGCUCUUCUUUAAUUGGAUCAAGCAUAUUCUAUGGUGUUUUUCUGCAAAGAGACUGCUUCAUUAUCCAGAUAUUUGUAUACUUUUUCUUUCAAGUCCGAAAUUUUGCAGUAAUAUCAUGAAGGAUGAUGCAUUUCUAAAUGCCUCAGAUCUUGUCAUUUGUAUUGAUAUACAGUGCGACAUGGCACUCGUUGUCUGGUCAUGUUCCAGCUUCACCUUUUGAAUUAGCCUUUUCUAUUUCAGUAUUGCUCCCUGGGCAGUGUUCUUAUAAUCAGUUGGCACACUAGUAGACUAAAAUGAUUCAGCUACUAUGUUCUGCCUGAUGUUCCCUUUGAAUGCCCAUUUUUCUUUGUUCUGUAAAUUUUGUGGUUUUUGUUAUAUUUCCUGUGAAUUGUGUUUGUAAGAAUUGAACCAGUUCAAGUCAUGUAUCACACAGGUAAAUACUAACUCUUUCAUUAAUUUAAUUAAUGCAGAGCUCUAUGUUGACAGAGGCAACUUUUAUGACUUCACAUCACUCGGUAAGUUAGAAAUUUUGUGUCCUAUCUCUAUGUGUAUCAUCCACUUUCCCCUAGCUUCCUCAAUCUCGAUAAAGUUGGAGUGAAAUCUGAAGAUGUAGUGGCUUUAUCUUGAUCAGUUUCAUAUGCCAUUCCCUUGCUGUCCUUUUACGCUGGUCUAUGUUCUCCUGUUUGUCAUUCAUAUUUCAUGAUUUUUCUCAUAUGUUCUUCGUAAUUUAGGAAAAAAGAAGAAAGUGGAAACAGGGGCUUUAUUAAAUUCUUAUCAUAUUGAAUGUGAAAGAAGUAUAGAAACAGAGAAAAGUAAAGAAAAAGAGGGGAGUGUAUAAGUGGAAAUCAGUAGAGAGGUAAUUAGCCUGCAGUAGUUUACCAUUUGUCACUGUGGAUUGUUAACAGCAGUUUACCGAAUGAUACUCCUAUCUGUUGUCCUGGUUUCUCCUCCUGACUGCUUCCUCCCUUUCAGUUUGAUUGUCUGACCUUCAGGCUGUUCUUCCUGCCAUGUAGUUCUGUUUGUGCCAUGCUAGGGGCCUCCACGAGUUGAUCAUUUCCCCAUUUCCCAUGUAACCAGCUCCUGCUGUUUGACAUGUUUUGGCUUGCAUCAUAUAAUUCUGGUCCUCAUCAUAUGGUUUUCAUUAAUUUAAAAUUUAAUAUUUUGAUCUCAGUGCCCUUUUUAUCUCCAUCUCGUCUAUGGUGUUGUAGUUUCCCCAUGCUUUGGGCAUCAACAGGAAAUACCGUUUGUACAUACAAGAUACCAAUACUGAGGAAAGCACUAGGGAAACCAUGAGUUCACCAGAUAAUCUUUUACCAGAAUAUUGUACCUUGCACAUCUUAACGGGGAAUUUUUUCUUUGGUGGAAUUUCUGUCCUUUUCUAUUCACAGUUAUGUAUGCAUUAUUAAUUAAGAAAUAAAUUCAAUGUCAUAUUAUUUCUAUCUUAUGUGCAUCAGUACAUGUGCCUGUGUGUAUACACAUCAGCUUGGCGUCGUGAUAAUAUUUGAUUUUUUUAUUUCUCACUGAAGGCAUAAUUUGAUUUCUUAUUUUGCAGUGCGUGAAUUGGAUGUACCUGGUGAAAUACAUGAACGAAAGACAUACCCAUUUGAGUUCUCUACCGUUGAGAUGCCCUAUGAGUCUUACAAUGGCGUGAAUGUUCGACUUAGGUAGGACAAUGAAUAUCUUAUGCUAAAAAACCGAGAAAUAUAAGCCCUAAUGCGAAGUUUAUUACAGAUUGUGCAUAAUUUUUAGGUCUGAAAAACUCUUGCAUAACCUGUCAUUCUAUCAGACAGCAUAUAUACUGCUUGGCACGUUAACUACCUCUACAUCAAGGUUGCUCUCGUGUGUCUGUGAAUUUACCCCAUGGAUCCAUCACCUUGGUCUCAUCGUGGCUUAAUUUUUGUGAUUCACAGCCUUAAUGGAAAAUUCAAGUGAACAUUGACUGGCUCCAAGUCUCUCCCAGUCUGUUCAUGACCAAACGUUCUUGAGUUACUGGUGGUUGAACAAAGAUGAGAACUAAAAUUUAUGAGCUAUCUGUUGGAUUUUAUAAUGAACAUAAUGCUGUCAUGCAAAAUGAUAAGCUCGCGUUUCCAAAACAUAUGAUACCCUUAUGCUUUGGCUAGGAUUAAAUAAUGGGAAAAAGCCUCCUGAAAAAGUGUUAUUGUUUCCUCAAUGCUACCACAAAUGUAAGUUCUGAUAAAUUAUGCCACUAGUUUGAUUGAAAUUUUUUAGUCUUUGUAGUUUGUUCUCGUUGAAUUUUUUAUCCUUUUAAUCAUCAAAGGAUGUGGAGUUUGUGAUUGUAGUUUUCAUAAUCUCUACUUUAUAUGUUUUAUCUUUUGUUUGUGCCCUUUCUUGUGACCUACGACAUGGGUUGUUUAGUGGCAUCUGGUGGAAAGUGCAUGAAGCUAACCAACGAAACGAAAGGGAGUUUGAUAUCUUUUCAUCCCAGAUUUUCAUUAUAUCAUUUUCCAGCCAGAUACCACCAUUGAACUUCCAAUUAAAAUUCCUAUUGCAUCCUUUUUCGAAUCCACUUUCCCUACUGUUGGGCCUGUGGCACCUUGUCACAUAAUCUGAGAGCUCUUAAUAUAGGCAUAUGAAGUGUCACCAUAGAUAUCAUGUGGUGUGAUUGAAAUUAUAAACAUCUGCUUCACAGUGAUGCAUUGGUACUUCCCCAGAAUAUCAUUGGAUUGGGCUUUUGUUGAAACAUUUUUGUCAUUCAACUCGGUAAUCUUGAAGAAUUGCGUUCGCUCAAAUCUUGUCGUUUUAUUCUUGUAUUUUGUCAGAAAAUUAAAUCAUCGGUCCUCGUUUUAAGUUCUUCAUUUUCUGCUACUGAUGGUUGGACUGUUGAUUGAGAAAAGGAGAGUUGGUCCUUGUUUCACAGUCUUCCAGCACUUCCUUCCGCAGCUUUUGGCCUGAAGUGCCAUUUCCUGAGUUGGCUGCAGUCUAUUAUCCUUCCAUCAUUGUGCUGAAGACUAGGUUGGGUAGAGCAUGGGGAUUGAAAGGAUGGACAUUUAAUAGUCUCUUUUGACCUCGCUAGAAGUGCUAAUACUUUAUCUUUUCAAUACAAGUAUUUAAACGUUGCCAUAAGUUAAAAUUUUCCAUCUGAUUUCUUUUACUCUUUUUACUGAAGCAGGAGUUUGUUGCAUUGUGUUUUUUGAUAAUACAUAUGAGUUGGACCAAUUUAGCCCUGUAUCAGCUAAAGUGGAGAUCAUUGACCUCUUUCUCUGAUCCUACCAUGCGGUGGCUGACUCGACCAGUUCCUAUGUAGAUGGAGGCCACAGAGGUCAGGAACUUUCAACUUACUGUGCUGGCCAUGUUGGCAACCAUGAUGGGAAUAUUAAUAUUCAUUGGAGCUCAUUGCACAUUUAAUCAAUUUUGGACGGCACAAUUAGAGGUUCAAUAGCAGUAGAAAUACUUACAACCGCAUGAUGAGGUAGCAAGAUUGACUCUUCAAGGAUUUAGAGAACGUGAAGCGACAUCCGAUCUAUAUUUUGUGUGUUGCCUUUUUAUACAAUUUCUCAAAGCUUUUGUUUAAAUGCUGAACAGUGUUAUUUCAGAGGAUAAAUGUGGAUGUUUGGCUAUGAGAAUGCAUGUGACAUUUUGACCUGGAAACUUAAAUUUUGAACUUGCAGGUACAUUUUGAAGGUUACUGUUAGUCGUAAUUAUUCGACCAAGAUUGUGGACUGCCAGGAUUUACUGGUAAGUCAUUCUAUUUCUUCUGGAAUAUUUAUUUGUCCAUAAAACUCUUUUAAAAAAGGUUGUCCGUGACAUCCUAAAAUUAGCAUAGCUGAAGAGACUUUCAUUUCUGGUCUCGGUAUUCCCCUAAAAGAUCCGUGUACUAAGAAUUAGCUAUCUAUUGCAUGAUUGUAAAGUCUUCGCUACUCACUCAUUGCCCUGAAAUGAAAGAGCAAUACCCUUCUUCCUCAUCAUGGAAAAUCGUUGUGUGGUUUCUCCUAUCGCAAAUAUAGGUGGCGCACUUUUGCCAAGUAGCUUUGUCUCCUCAAAAUCCGACCAUUCCAUGUCCUUUCUGAUUGUCCAAAUAAUUCCAUGCUUUGUGAUCACCUUUAAUGGCCCAGUAUUGGUGUCGAAUUGUUCAUAAUAAAUAUUCUAAUUUGUAGAUCUGUUGGAUGAACGAGAUUGACAAAUGAACUAGGGACUCUUCCAACAUAUCAUCGAUAAAAAGAGCAAACUGAUCACAGAUAGAGUCUCUUUUAUGAGGUCUUUCAAAUUAGAAUCUUUACAUUCAAAGAGCAACUCGAUCCCCUAAUUACUUGGGGUCAUGUGAUAGCAUUUGAUACUUGUUAUGAUGGAUAUAUCACUGCCUAAUUUGAAAAUUUGCUGCCUGUAGGCUGUAUGAGUUAGAUUUAAUUCUGUCUAGCUUAUUAAAGUGCCCUUCGAAGUAUGAUCCAUAUUUCUGAUUGUUGUAUGCCAGUAGCAUAUCUGAUAAACCUUAUUAAAAUGCCCUUCGAACUUUUAGUCAAUCUGCACACCAAAACUAUGUCCUACUAGACUCUUUAUAAAGGCCUGAUAAAUCAGAAAUUUCCUAAUUGUUUAUGUUUUGCACGGUUACACCAUGCGGUGGCGUGCACUACUGAAAUAGUCUUUAAUGAGCUGGUCCUACACUUCACCACUAAAUUGGUCAAGUGGCGUGCAACAUAGAAUGGAUAAAUUAAGGGUGCUUAGAGAAAAUUAAACAUAAGAAAAGUUUAGUUCAGAAGUGAAUUUAGAAAACGAAUGUUAUCACAUGUUUUUGUUUAAUAGUAUAUUGUGUGGACGAGCAAAAUUCCUUUACUGUUUCCUAAAUAUAUGUGGAUGGCUUUUUCUUUGUGUGAGCAUAACCUAUUUAUCCUUUUCUUCCUUUUCCUAGGAUUGACUGAUUGUUCUGUGACCACUUGUCAUUAAAGUAAUCCAAGUCAUAACAGGGAUUGACGAUGAGCAUUUUUUGUUGUCAUUUUGAAAUCUUUGGUACUUGUCAGCUUCGAAUUCUUGUGAUAAGUCUUCUAGUAAGUAGUUAAUGGUUGAUGCCUCUUUUAUAGAUUAUGGAGUCGUUAGGUCUGGUAAUACUUUAAUAUGUUUUCUUUGCAGGUUAUGUCAGAUAUUUUGCAGUUGGUGAUUAACAUUACCGAUUUCUAUCUCAGUAGUUUCACCUGUUAAGUAUAUUCUAUCGUGGAUAUUUUUGCAAGUGGUAAUUAACAUUUCUGGUUUCCAUCUUUAGUAACUGCACUUGAGUCACAUUCAAAAUUAAGUUUUUUACAAAUACGACAAAUAUUAUGACUAAGAUUACUAAAGUAAAUUGCCACCGUCAUUAAACCAAAUUUUGAUGUUCCUGGAACAUGACGUGUAGGGAUGCACAUGAUAUCAUGAUCUGUUUUCUCCCGCACACUGAAAUAUUUUCCCUUUUUGUACGGUGUUGGAAGUUAGUGUGGGAACUCCAUUUAAUGAUGUUACGCUGUUCAGCCAAUUUGUCUCUUUGUGCUGGUUUAGUGAUGAUACUCAUAUAUUAUUCAUUAUUAAAAAUCAUUUCAGAGAAUUUUCUAAAUUCCUGGCACUUUUCCCAGUUAUCAUGCCUGAUUUCUUUUAAUUUCUUCUGAUCAGGUCCGCAACUACACCCCACUUCCAGCAAUUAACAACAGCAUCAAGGUUAGUUAAUUAGUCUAGGUCUAUGGAAGUCUGUUCAACCAAAUAUUUCAAUGCAAAUUUUAUUGUUUUUUAAUCUAAUCGUGAGCUAGUUGAGAUUCAAAUCUCAUUUCCCGUGCAUAAUCCUGUCCUGUAAUGACAAAAAUCUACCGAUGCUUUUCUAAUAUGUGUCAAGUAGGCAACAUAAAUUAUUUAUGCAGACUAUUUAAUUCUUGAUAAUAAUGCUGAUUCUGGCUGUUGAUAAAGAUUCUUGUGGUUAAUUCCACAGAUGGAAGUGGGUAUUGAAGAUUGCCUGCACAUUGAGUUUGAAUAUAAUAAAAGCAAGUAAGGUUAACUAGUAUGGUACUUUUCUCUUUUAUGGUGUUAGUCUUGGCUGCUGUUUUUUCUAACUUGAUCUUAACUCGUGCAGGUAUCAUCUAAAAGAUGUUAUAAUCGGAAAAAUAUACUUUUUUCUUGUAAGAAUCAAACUAAAAGAUAUGGAACUUGAGAUUAGACGUAGGGAAUCCACGGGAUCUGGGUCUAAUACGUAUGUUGAGACAGAGACACUCGCAAAGUUUGAGCUGAUGGAUGGUGCUCCUGUAAGAGGUAUUUGGCCCAAAAUUUUCUGUUAGUAGAUAAUACUAGUUAAUAUUCUCAGUCUAUGUUCUAACGCAUAAUUGUCCUUAAAGAUGCUGUAUAUUUGAAUAAACCCAUUACUCUUUAGAUUUUCUAACUAUGAAACUUUGCGUUUGUCAAAUGCUUCUGGAUGGAGAAAAUUGGCAUAUUCUUGAACCAACUGCACAAUGAAGCUAGCAUUGAGAACAAUGUGAAUCAUGAGUGCAUAGAUGUUUUCCAUGAUGAUAUAAGUACUACAAUAGGACUAGAUGGAUAGAUGUUCUAUAGGUUAGUGACAUAAUGAAGGUAGGCGCUGACACUUACGAAGGGCAUAAGAAAGCCUAUUUUGUGGGGCAGUUGGAGUGGAACUUCACCGCCUGAGGACUGGUUUCGUUUUUAUAUGGGAAAUAUGAAUGAGUCAUUGGAGAAUCUAUUCAUCAAAUGUGUAGUAUCGAGCAAUUCUGUUGAAGUUAUUGUGGAUGUAUGACCUCUAUGUCAGAAUCCCCGGUAUAGUGGAUUAGGUAUAGGCAUACUAUCGUCAAUGGGGGCUACUUAAAUGGGAUAGAAACGAACAGUAGCUCGUAAUUCAUGCAACCCGUUAAAUGAAGGAAUGUGAAGACAAAUCACACAUUCACAGGGCAAAGCUCUUCAGUGUCUAACUACUAGCAAUUGGGAUAUAGCGACUAAAUAGGCUGAGACAUAACCGGUGGGAAAAUGAGCUCAUUCAUCUUGGAAGGGUUGUUUACCGUUUAUAAGCCUUUCCUACUAUACUAGUUCCAUUUAAUAUUUUGUAAAUGUGGGUCUUUUUCGGAUGAUUUCAUCAUUCUGUGGUGAAACUGCUCAAGAUUUAGAAGGAACUAAUUAAUGAUUUAGAUUUAACUAGGUCUACUUAUCGAACUUUCGCUUGCCAAUAUCAGAGUGGGAUUCCAUUAGUGCAACCUACCUCAGUAUUGGUGGAGUGGCCACCAUGUGGGAUAUCAGCUCUUGGGAGUCCCACCUCAUUUAAAAGCGAUGAUCCUGAUGUGUCCAAUUUCACCGAGACUCGCGCUUACGACCACCUAUGGUGAUAUUUUUAUGAGAAGCGUCAACUCACCUAUUCCUUGAGGGUUCCUUGUCAUUUAAAAUCUGUCGGAGAUUCUUCAUUGCAGAAAAAAGCUAGAUGAUGAUUUCAAACAUUUUUUGAUGAGGUGAAAAGACUGGGUGUCUAGACGUAACAUUUGUAUCAUUUAGCCAAUACAAUUGAUGAACUUUUCCUCAAGGGGAAGUUGUGGAUUAGAGUGUUUUAUAACAUUUGAUUCCAUUUUUGGAGUUAAUUAUAUAAACACUUUUAUGUCUGUGCAUAACUAAUAUACGAAAGAUGAAUUCGUUGUGGUACCCAUUUUUGAAAUUAAAAAUUCCACAUGGUGGGGUCAAAACUUGCCUGAUUACUGGUUGCAAAAAGGAUUUUUUCCCCACCAAGUAUUUUUGGCUGCAUUCAACAUAUGAGCUAUCUUUCUAAGUUUGGAAUAAUUUCAUGGGCCAAGUUUGAUGUAAUAUUACAAGAAUGAAAAGAUGAAGCAUUCUUGAAGAACUGAUCACAUCACAACCAUCACUUGACACCAGUAUACCACCCAUUUCCCUAAUAAACUUAGGAGAACCAGAUCUAGUAACGAUUUUGAAGUGCAAUAUCUUUCUGUUCCAGGGGAACUUCUUUCUGCGGCUUAAAAGCUAGGGCUUGUGGUUCGUUAUCAGUACCUGUUUUAGAGCGCUCCGUCCCUCCACAUAAGGAACUGCAUCAUUCCUAUACCUUUAAUGGCAUCUUUGAUGCUAAUUUCGCAAAAUUUUAAAUCAAGGGUUUGCAGAAAUAGAGGGAUGGGAUGGGUUAGUGUUAAUCAGAAAGGGAGGAGAAAACCACAUGGGCUGUGAUUGUAAGAAGCAAAUGGUAGAAAAUGGCCCUUGUCUUCUCCCCUUAGCACCUUCUCAUUCUUAAUUUUUUAUAUUACUUAUGGUUUCCUUGGGCGGAGGUUUAGUCUGUCAAAGCGUCAACAGAUUUUCCUGGUAUUGGGGAAUCACAACAUGCUCUAAAUUGAGACGUACUCCACCAUACUUGAUCAUACUCUACCAUGGGCAGAACCAAGAAAAGCUUCAACUCAGUUCCUUGUUCAGAUAAUUGAAAGAAGAUGUUAAUGGAAAUCGAUUUCCUUCUGUGGAAUUCCCUUCUGGCACCCUACAAAGCUAGAAAUAUAGAAUACUUUUAAAUAUAUAUGUGCUAGGUUCAUUCGGCUUUCAUUUGAAUGAACAUAUUUUACAAUAUUCACCUUCUCCUCCACUUAAAGAUAUAUUUUGUUUUCAACGUUGCAGGAGAAUCAAUCCCGAUUAGGUUAUUUUUGAGCCCGUAUGACUUGACACCAACAUAUCGCAACACCAACAACAAGUUUAGUGUGAAGUAUUUCUUGAACCUUGUCCUCGUGGAUGAAGAGAACCGGCGCUACUUCAAGCAGCAGGAGAUCACAAUGUACCGCCUUUUAGAGGGCUCCUGA